AUGCCAGUUGAAAAAAAGGAGGGCAAGAGGAAAUAUGGUCAACCGCGGCCACCUCAAGGUGAAAAAGCAUUACUGAUCGCCAAGAAUAAAAAGAUGAGACAAUCACAGGCCUGUGAUAGAUGUAGAUUGAAAAAAAUCAAAUGUGAUGGUAUGAAGCCAACUUGUUCCCAAUGUACUAAAGUUAAUUUUACAUGUAGGACAAGUGAUAGGUUAACUAGAAGAGGUUUCCCCCGUGGUUACACAGAGAUGUUAGAAAGCGAAGUUGUUAGAUUACAAAAAAUAUUAGAAGGUAAGGGAAUUAGUGUUGAAAUAACUGAUGAAAAUAUUAAUAGCAGUAAUGAUAAUAGCGGUAAUGAUAAUGAUAAUGAUGAUAGUGAUAUUAAACCAACCAUGAUACCAUCUACAUACGGUGAUUAUUCACAAGAGGAAGAAAGGAGUCUCUCAAAUACGAAUGGGGGUGGUGAGUUGGAAUUCCCAUUUGUUAAUGAUACUUUUCAUUAUUAUGAUAAUUAUCGGAGGGAUGAAAAUUAUAUGGGCAAUAGUACAUGGAAUAUGCUAACAGGCUCAUUACCGGCACCACCCGAUGAGGCUACAAAAAGACACUGUGAAACUGAUUCUUUUAUCAAUUAUCAAUUAUCUGCAAUGAAAAAUAUUUUACAAUUGGAUAGUAACUUUCUUUUCUUACCCAGGUUCCUUCUGGUCAAAUAUGAUUACAAUUUACCCAAACUAGUUAAAUUACUACGAACUGCAGUAGCAGAUUUCGGUAAAUUCGAAAAUUCAUUAGUACCGAUUCUAUAUCCAUUUGAUAAAUGGGAGAAUGAUUUGUUACAUCAUUUAAUUCAUCAGGAUGCUAGUUUGUCUACAAUUGACACAGAUGUUAAUCCAAUAAGGUUAUUAACCUUACUUUACAUCAUUCAACUUAACUGGUCAUGUUUUAACGAUUUUAAACUGUUUCAAUUGACGAAAAUGGUUUGUUUAUCCUCAAAGACAAAAUUGGAGACGUUACAAUGUAUUUUAUUGGCAAGUUUUUAUUUUAUGGGAGGCCAAACGUCAUCAAUUAUACAUCACUCAAGUGAUAAUUCACAGGUUUGGGCGACAGAAUUACUUCAUAUUGCAUAUUCAGUGGUUUUAAAUUUAGGUCUUUAUGUUAACUCAAAAAGAAUGAUUUCGAUCCAUCCCAAUUGGGAAAUUUCACCUCAAAGUCAUAGGGUAGUUACAUUUUGGGUUUUCCAAUUUUUAGAUUCCUGGUGGACAUUAUUACAAGGCUUACCCAAAUCAAACUUUUUAGUUGAUGAAUUUCGUCCACAAUCGGUAAAAUCUUUAAACGUGCCAUCCUUAACACCAUUCACAUUGCUUCUAAAUUUCACUGCAGAUUCUUUAGAUGGUUGUAAUUUGUUGCAUACUUUAUCAGGUGGUCAUUCUAAUGGUAAGUCUAAACUUGUCUACGUGACGGAAUCAUUUCGUCGGCUACUCGUUAAGUGGAAAUUAUACCAUCAAAUUCAAGAUCAUGAGGAUGAUUUUGAUCCUGAUGAUGAUAACGGUCAUGGGUCAACCACUCUAACAAAACCUGAUAUGGUUGAGAUUCAAUUGACAUUGUUUUAUUUGAUCAUAUCUUUUCUUUCGAAUGAAAAAUUUACACAUCCAAAUAAAGGUGAAUCUUCUAUUACUGCUACUAAUGAUUUUGACAAUACAUCAUUGCAUGGUUCCAAUUUAGAAGAAAUUGCGUAUGAAAUUUUAUCGUUAUAUUCACUUGUUUUAAUGGAUCAUGCAAAGUUCGAACAGCCACAACAGUUAAAGGUUGUGCAUUUACUGCCCUGUCAUAAUAGGGACAUUAUUCGUCUGUGUUUAACCACUUUAAACAACUGGGUAUUAGCACCAGGGAGUAAUAACGAUGAAUUAAAGGGUCAAGUACAUUGGAAAUUUGAUCGUUAUCAGAGUAUGAUAAAUCAAUGGUGUAGAUUUUACCUGGCUGAUAAAUUACAUGAUCCACUUUUACAACAAUUAAUUGUUUCGUUUAAAUUAAAUUUGAAUGGCGGUGGUAACAACAAUGGGAACCAUGGUCAAGCCUUUUAUAAUUGGAAUGAAAUAGACUAUUUGGAGAAUGUUGACAUGUUUAACGAUAAUCCUCAAAUAUUCACUAAAAAUCAGUUGUUAAGAUCAAACCCACAUGCAGUUAUGGAACAGUUUGAUAUCUUUGCACCUAAGGUGGAUGGUGGUAGACCAAUUUUUGAUAAUAUUCAACCUACCACUUUACAACGACAAGAACAAAAACAAAAACAAAAACAAAAACAACAAAAUGUCAUCAAUGCUUCAAAUUUGAAUGAGAGUCGAAAGCCAAGAAGUAAUAUUAGCGAACAUGAUAGUGCUAAUAUCAUUGACAUGUCGAAACAUAGAUCACAAAUUUUAAUUGCUAAUGAAGAAACCGAUGAUGGUUAUGCUGAGGAUGAUGAUGAUGAUGAUGAUAAUGAUAAACCGUUGGAAAUUCCCUUAAGCAGAAGAACGGGUUCUUUGUUCCAAAGAAAUGGUCAUAAAAAUGAUAGCAACAAGUUAUCUGUGCAUCGUGGUAACGAUCGACUAAGACGGCAUACAUUAGACCACGUUUUUUUAGGCCAGGUACCGCAAUCAGAUGUUAACAAUUUGAAUGUGUCUGGCUCUAAUGAAACUCAUCAAGAGGGGCUGGCUCCCUUGCAAAAUGGUGAAGGAGAAGGAAGGGCAACUUCAAGUGGGACGCAUUCACUAGAAAAUUAUGCAUUGAACGCCAAUACAAAUAAAAGGAAUCGGUCUCAAAGUAUUAGCGCUCCACCUAAUUCGGAUCCAAAUGGUGCAUUGAUUCCUGCUACAUCAACAACAGCAGAAGUGGUAGUACCAGAGCAAAAUGACGUUUUAUUUGAAGGAUUCAUUGAUGAAGGUGCUCAUGUAAAUCCUUCCAAUCAUGAUCAAUUCGUUGAGACACCAAGGGCAUUAGUCGAUAUGUUGAUGUUACCACCUCAAAAUCAUCAGCAUACUCAAGUAGUGAAUCCUUCAUCAACUUUAACUGCUGGCAGUAGUAGUACUACUCAUAAUGGAGUGUACAAGCAGACUUGA